AUGGCUUGCCGGCCAGGAGAGGAAAACGUCGCGACGUUGUUCGGCGACGUGCACUAUUUCUACGGCUCCCCAUCCACAGAUCCUCCCCACCAUCGCUUCGACAAGGGAUCAUAUGUCUACCUCUUUGAGAACGCAGCCGAGAGGCGCGCGCGGAUCGAAAUAGCAAACCACCCGGGGACCGAGGCCCAGGAUGCGUUUGAGGGUGUUCUUGACAGUGUACAAGUUCGGUACUCUUACAAACAGCAGUGCGUCGUCGGCAUGACGAUAGGCCAUGUGCCCAACCACGAAGAGUGGCAUCUGCCGUGGUACGACCCGCGCAACGAGACAAAGUACCACUACAAGCUGCACUCGCUGGACGUAUACUUCUGGACGCAGGCAGACGCCCUGCAGUUCGUCAACGGCGUCCGCCGUGUGCUGCCCGCGCAGCAGGUCGAAGUCCUCGACGAGCCCGCACCCCCGCCCCGUCAGUUCCAGCCGCCACCGUCAGCAGCGGAUACAAGCGGCCUGGUGCAGAAGCUGGAGAACGCCGCAAUUUCUACCGAGGUCGGCGCGGAGCGAGCGGGAAGCGGUGCCAGCGGCGGUACGCUGUCCUUCGCCCCGCCGCCCGUAUCGGCCGUGGCUGGCGCCAACGGCGACACGCCGUCGUCGCUCCCGCCUCCUCCACCCCAGAAUUUUGCGCCGAUGGCUUACAACCCUGCGGCACCCGCGGCACCUGAAGCCAUACGCCACAGGGAAAAGACGCCGCCCCCACCCGACGGAGGGCUCAACCCCCUGCAGCAGACCCUGGCCUAUGACGCCGGCACCCCCUUCUCCCCGGGGCUGGCACCGAGCGGCAUGUCAGGCCCGCUGAGCCCGGCCGUUCCACCUCCUCAGUUUGGACAAAUCCCCGGCGCCCCCAGCUUCCCCGGACCACCCCAGCCGCAGAGCGUUUCCAGUCCCGGCAUGGCUCCCGCCGGCUUUGGCCAACACCCGCACCCGGGCCUGUCUCGGGCGCACACCGUGCCAGUGCAAUCCUUCGGGGCUCCCCUGGCCAGCCCUUAUGGAUCUGCGUUCCCGGGAAGCCCUGGUUUUGCCCCGAAUCAGCAGCAAAUGAGCCACCCGUCCCUGCCGCAGACCCAGAACCCGACGCCUCCCGCUCCGGGCACGCCUGGUCUACCCCCUCCACCGCCGCCUCCCUCGUCGUCGGCGGCGUCGGCCCCGCUCACGGCCAGGGCCACGGCCGGCAUGGUGCCGAUGGACUACUCGAUCCACCAGCAGGCCUACCGGCCCGACGAGGGCGAGAUGGAGCACAAGACCAAAUUCAAGUCGGACAGGGAAACCAGGAAGCUGGAGAGCAGCGCCUAUCGGUUGGAAAAGGGCGUCACGGGCAUGUUUAAGAAGUUUGAGAAGAAGUUUGGAUGA